AUGUCUUCUGAUAGACCUAGGGUGAUACCACUGAAGAGUGCUGUGCUUCCACAGCAAACGACUCCGGAACAAAGAUACUGGCGCCAAUAUUCUUCUACACAGCUUGUGAAAGAGCAUAAUGCAGUGACACACAUUUCGUUCAAUCCCCAACAUCCUCAUGAUUUUGCUGUUACUUCGUCUACUAGGGUUCAGGUGUUUUCUUCCCGUACAAGGCAGGUGAUCAAGACUUUUUCUAGGUUUAAAGAUGUAGUAUAUUCUGCUUCAUUUCGUCAGGAUGGUAAAUUACUGGUAGCUGGUGAUGCUACUGGGUUGGUUUCUAUUUACGAUAGUUAUAAUCCUCGAAAUCAGCUGGUUACGUUCCAGGCAUCAUCGCAUCCGACACAUGUUACGAAAUUUCAUCCGAUGGACAGCAAAAGUUUGACGACUGCCAAUGACGAUAGGGUAGUGAGAUUAUGGGAUAUUUCUCAUGCAUACCAGCCAAUUUUGGAGCUUACAGGUGCGUCAGAUUAUGUACGGUCUAUUUGUUUCUUACCGGGCACUCCACAUAUGGUUGUUUCCGGUUCUUACGAUGGUGUUAUUAGAUUAUACGAUACUAGAAUGGAGUCGUCGCAGCCAGUGACAACGUUGAAUCAUGGCAUGCCAAUCGAGGACACAAUAUCUAUGUCGCAGACUCAGUUGAUAUCUUGUGGUGGGAGUAAGUUCAAGGUAUGGGAUCUUACUGGCAACAAGCUUUUGUAUUCGCGUGGUAACUUUGCCAAGACUGUUACAUGCUUAAAUUACGUAAAUAUGCCUUCUGAUGCUGCAAUGGAUUCUUGUUUGUUGGCUUCAUCCUUAGAUGGACAUGUGAAGGUAUUUGAUCCAUUGGAUGGUUUCAAAGUCAAGUUUGGCUGGAAGUUUAGUAGUGCAGUAUUAAGCUGUGCAUUAUCGCCAGGCGAUGUUCAAGGCAACAAGCAUUUGGUGGCGGGCUUAUCAUCUGGUUUACUGGCUAUAAGAACUAAGAAGAGAUCCAAAGCAGCGGUGAUAGAUGGCGAUGACAAGGGAGCAGAUUUGGUCAUGGGGAAAUCACAAAAGAGCAACAGCUUUCAGAGAAUGAUGAGAGGAUCCGAGUACAAGGGAGACGAUGAGCAUAUUAUUCAUAAGGACAAGCCCAAACAACAACCAAGGUUACGUCUAUUCGAAAAGAAUUUAAACAAGUUUAAAUGGGCUGAGGCGUUGGAUAGUGCAUUUAUUCCAGGUAUGGCCAAAGAGCUGACAUUGACAGUUUUACAGGAACUGCGGAAGCGCGGAAAAAUCCGUGUUGCAUUGUAUGGUAGAGAUGAGACUUCGUUAGAGCCAUUAUUGAAUUGGUGCUUGAAAGGUCUAGAAGACACGAGAAGUGCACCAGUAGUAGCAGACUGGAUUGCUGUGGUUUUAGAAUUAUACGGAAAUAUGAUUGAGAAAUCUCCUGUUUUGGAGGAAAUGAUUAUCGCGGUAAAAAAUAAAGUGAGACAGGAAAUUCAUAAAGCUAAGGAGGCACAAAAGAUUGAAGGCAUGCUUCAACUGUUAACUAACUAG